AUUGUAAUCUAUAAUCACUCACUUUCCACACGGGGCUCGCUCUAAUCUCAUUCGCAUCCCUUAAUUAUCGUUCGCUCUCUCUUUCGCUGUUUCAGCGUGCGCCAUUCCUUCCUUCUCAGCGUCUCUCUCGCCGGAGCAUUUCUCCGACAGACCCAUCCGUCAAUUCUCCGGCAUUCACUCACCCCAUGAUUCCUCCUUUCCAGAUCCCAAUCCCCACGCCACCAACCAUUCAUGGAUUAGCAUCACCUCCAUGAAAACCUUUUCUCCGCUCCUCACCCAAAACCAAUCGCUCAACUACUACUACACCACCGCGCCUCCGUCACCACGCGCUGCUUCAUCUCAAUCCUGCAAUCCUAGGGUUAGGGUUUCCGUCGCAAAGCAGAAUGUUCAAGAAAAUCAUGAAAGGAGGGAAGAAGCCCUCCAAGUCCGACGCCAGCGAUCCCCCUCCGCCGCCGUACGCCGCCGCCAACCGCGUGCCGCCGCCCUCCGCCAAUGUCGUCGUCAACCACGCCUCGCGCGGCGCCGCUGGCUCCGCGGCGAAUUCCGCCUCCGCUCUCCCCCUCGUGCCGCUGUCCGGCGCGAUGGAGCCGGUGCCGCCGUUCCGCGACGCGGCGGCGUCCGAGCGGCAGAGCCUGUUCCUCCGGAAGCUCCACGUGUGCUGCUACGCGCUGGACUUCUCGGACACGCUGAAGAACGUGAGAGAGAAGGAAAUCAAGCGGCAGGCUCUGAUGGACCUCGUGGACUUCAUCCAAUCGGGCUCCGGCAAGAUGUCGGAGAAUUGCCAGGAGGAGAUGAUCAGAAUGAUCUCCGUCAACAUUUUCCGGUGCCUCCCGCCGGCGUCGCAUGAAAACACCGGCCAGGAACCCGCCGAUCCCGAGGAGGAGGAACCGAGCAUGGACCCCUCCUGGCCUCACCUUCAGCUCGUGUACGAGCUUCUCCUCAGAUACAUUGUUUCCUCCGAUACCGAUGCUAAAAUCGCCAAACGGUAUAUCGAUCACUCCUUCGUUCUCAAAUUGCUUGAUUUGUUUGACACUGAGGACCCGCGGGAGAGGGAAUAUUUGAAAACCAUACUGCAUCGUAUAUACGGGAAAUUCAUGGUUCAUAGGCCGUUUAUUAGGAAAGCUAUUAACAACAUUUUUUACCGGUUUAUAUAUGAGACUGAGCGGCACUGUGGUAUUGGGGAGCUUCUGGAGAUUCUUGGGAGCAUUAUUAAUGGGUUUGCUCUGCCCAUGAAGGAGGAGCAUAAGUUGUUUCUGGUGAGGGCGCUUUUGCCUCUGCAUAAGCCCAAGUCCGUGGGGAUGUACCACCAGCAGUUGUCUUACUGCAUCACGCAGUUCGUGGAGAAGGAUUUCAAGCUGGCGGAUACCGUGAUUAGGGGGUUGUUGAAGUAUUGGCCUGUUACUAAUUGCCAGAAGGAGGUUCUCUUCCUUGGAGAGUUGGAGGAAGUGCUGGAGGCCACGCAGGCGGCAGAGUUUCAACGAUGCAUGGUUCCCCUUUUUAGACAGAUUUCGCGCUGCCUCAAUAGCCCUCACUUUCAGGUUGCAGAACGAGCCCUCUUUUUGUGGAAUAAUGAGCAUAUUGUGAGCUUAAUUGCCCAAAACAGGACUGUGAUAUUACCAAUAAUAUUUGAAGCAUUUGAAAGAAAUAUUUCGAGUCACUGGAAUCAGGCAGUUCACGGUCUGACUGUGAAUGUUCGCAAAAUGUUCUUGGAAAUGGAUGCAGAAUUGUUUGAAGAGUGCCAGAGGCAGCAUUCAGAGAAAGAGGCUAAAGCCAAAGAAAUAGAAGAGGAGCGGGAACUUAAAUGGAAGAGACUGGCAGAUGCUGCUUCACGGAAUGGAGUUGAGGAUAUGGUCACAACUUAGCCUUGUUUGUUUACUGCCACAACUGGAGCUGUGAAUUAAUUAGGUGAAGCAUCAUGAUGAAUGUGCUCUUCUCCAUUUUGUUGGCCAUUAUUUAUUGGUUUCUUUCGUUUCUGCCUAAUUUUUUUCUCUCCUCUUCAAUCUUAUUAUAUCAGUUGGAUAAUUAGCAAUUUUAAGAAAGCAGUGAUUAAUGUAACUUAUUGGAAGUUCUUAGCAAUGUCUGCAGAUUAAGAAUGUUUUUUGAAAUACUUUCUUGUAUUUUUCCCCUUUUACAAAGAGAAAUACGGAAGAUUUCUUUUCUUUUUA